UUUUGUCACCAACGCACACCCCAGUACAGUAGGUGGCGAUAACGUUCACAGAGUUUGCUACAUACCGCCUUCAACGUAAAGAAAGAUAUAUUCAUCGGCGCAUGCGCAGUUCCCUGACCUUCCAGACAAGCAUGGCAGCCCGGGCACUGGCGAGAGGUAUUUACAUAUAAAAUAUCUGAAUUUUCUGAAAGUAUAGUUAUUGUUAAGAAGCCGUGGAUGCAUGUUUAACACAGCAGAACAGCCGUACAGCUAUUUUGUUGUUUGUCUUUACCGGAAACAAGAUAGCAGCUUAGCUCAAAGUUAGCGUCGAUAGCUAGCUUGAUGUUCAGUAGCAACGUGAAGUUACGUGUGAGGAACAAGUGGAAUCCUGCAAAUUAACCAGCUCCUGUGUCUUAUAUUCAGGUCUUUGUGGGUUGCGACCUUCACGGGCUGUUCCAGUCGGCUGUGGACACCAAUAUGUCACCGCAGCAGCGUCAGUCAAACCUCCUCAACUCCAACCUGAAGAGGUUGCAGGUGAGAUGACAGAUCAGGGGUGACAGUAUUAGUCAGUCUUGCUUCAUGGAGAUUUUAUUAAGUGUUUCUUUUCUUUUUUCUUGUACACGCAGAUCAAACGUUAAAGAAGACACUUGAGAAACCAGAUUACUUCCAUGUGUCGGAGCUGUUCUCGUUGAAGCAGCUGUUUGACGCCCGAGUUCAUCUGGGCCAUAAGAAAGGCUGCAGACACAGGUCAGUAUGAUUUACAACACCUCAUCACCUGCUUCUCUUAACCCUUUAAUGCCUUUUGUACCACAGAUAUUUCAUCACAAAAAAACAUAAAAUAUCUGUGUUCAGAAAUUUCAACAAGUAUUGGAAUCAAGAACAAAUCAAAGUAUUUAUUACCACAAAAAUCCUUACGCACACCCUACUGCUCCAUGAUCCUGCCAUACCUCUCUAAAGGUCCUUUAACACCAGGACCGUUAUUUUUGUGCGAUUAUUUCAGAUGUCAGUUUUUUUUCGAACCUGUAUCCUGUCAAUACAAGUGUUCACAUCAGCGACGUUUUCCCGUCCUGCACUAGUGCUGCAUUAAUUUUUUCAGAUCACGGUCGAUUUUUCAAAAGUUUCGCAUUUUUCUGUGUGUCCACUUCUGACCAAUCAGAUUUGGGUGUUGUUGCGACGUCUGAUUUACUGGUAUAUCCAACAUGGCCAAUCGGCUGAUUUGUUUAUGAUCGUUUACACACACAUUACAAAGAUAACAACCUGAAGGACAACUUGUGGAGAGUCAUAGCGUCAGUUUGCUAAACGUCUUUGUUUUAACUUUCAUCUGUGCUAACAUAAGCUAACGGUUGUUACCAUAGUUUCAUGUGCUUAUCUGGUACUGGCCCCGACUCAGUACAUGCUACCAUGACAGAAAGCCAUCUCAACACUAGUUGUCUAGUGUCUGGUCCUCUGCCUCUUUAAACUUGGAGCGAAUUGUUUCAGCAGAACUUCAAAUUGUCCAAUGGACUUCCGAAAAUAGGUUCUGAAGCGACCGUGGUACAGUUUCAGCUCCUGAACCAAGCAGUGAAACUCACCAAGUUCUCUUCUUCUUUCUUUUAUUGGAUGCACCCAUGUGCUACGUUUCUUUUUCUUUUGAGAAAGCAAAAGGAGUACCAAUUCGCCAUCACUUGAGGUUAAGUAGACUCCAUUUUUGUCCUCUCGCUUCUACCUGGGACGCUGUAGGUUGUCAAGGGAAGGUCCCGCCCUCCUUUGCCUCUGAUUGGCUAUAAGUGCUGACCAUUUGGCUUGAGCGUGUGAUGACGUUUCCAGCUUUUUUAGCCAAUCAGAGGCGAAGGAGGUGGGACUUUCCGCCGGAAAAGUCUUUCCCGAGAUGCGUGUUUUUUGUUCUUUAAGUUUGAGAUAAAUAAAGAAAGAGAGAAAGAUAUUUGAUACAUACUUUUAUAGACUUCUAUCAAAUUAAUAUGAUCAACAAAUUACUUAAAAAAAGAACACCUGAAUACAGUCAAAUAAAUGAUAAAAAUGUCCUUUUUAGGGAGGUGAAUAAAUGUAUUUGUUAAAUUUUAAGGACAUUUUGAUUUAUUUUGGUUUUCAGUAGUAAGUGAAAUAAACAUUUUCAGCUCAAAAAAAAAAAAAUCUGGCCAUAAUUUCUGUUGUCAGGUAUUAAAGGGCUCCAGGCCUUUUUCAAAGAGAUCAACGCCAAGGAGUGGAGAAGCCACUGUAGCCUUAAUCUAUAAGGAUAUUGUUAUUUUUUGUACAUCUCUUUACCUUGAAAUCCGUUAGAUAAAUAUAUACAUAAAUUUUAACUUUUACCAAAUACUUUGGUGUAUUGCAAACACCUUAGCAUUGUUGUAAUCUUGUAAUGUGUCAUCUCAGCAGCAGUGUUGUUUUUGGCAGGCAUUUCAGAUUUAGUUUUAGUCUUAGUCAUUUUGACGAAAUGCUUCCUCGUUUUAGUCCCAUUUUAGUCAUUUCCAUCCUUGAUAGUUUUCGUCUAGUUUUAGUCCGACGAAAACUCAAAAGGUUUUAGUCUAAUUUUAGUCGACGAAAAGGUGCCUUUAGAGGUUCGUGGUGUUCUUUCCCGACAGUAUGAAGCCGCAGCAUGAGGAAGCUGUGGCUCCACAACUGUCGUCUGUCUCCCCGUCCCCGUCCAAGACAUUGUGUUUUAUUGUCACUUGGACUGUAUCUGAAGUAGGACCAUAAAUCAUCCCUCUUUUUUUCGGCCACCGGGCACCGCUGCUGUGCCUGCUGCCACGGUGUGUGUGUGUGUGUGUGCGCGCCUCCUCCACCUGCCGCUCUGUGCAUGUGUAUGAGUGUGUGCGCGCAGCUGUGCGCGAGCGAGGCUUUUGGUGCGUGUGUGAUGGGGGCGUGACUGUUAGGACAAAAAAAGCAUGUUUUGAAACUUUGUUCGUCCACCUAAUAACAAUUUAGUCUCGUCUCGUUCUCGUCUGACGAAAAUCAAUACAAUUUUCGUCACAUUUUAGUCUUUACAGAGCUUUUGGUGAUGUUCGUCUUAGUCUCAUUUUCGUCAAGGAAAAAAGGGGUCUGACGUCGUCAUUUACGUUUUCGUCCUGCCUGACGAAAACAACACUGCUCAGCAGCAAGGGUGUAUUAUCUUUUUCCUCCUCUUCUUGUUCCUAAAUAUUCCUUUUAAAUCACAAAAAUCCACUUUGAUUAAGAGGUUCAAUCUAACUCAAUUCUGUUCUGAACUUUUUAAAAAGUUUUGAUUUUUUAAAAAUGAUAUAUAUGACAUGCUAAUAGGGCUGGGCGAUAAAACGAUAAUGAUAUAUAUCAAAAAUAAAUUUCCCUUGAUAUCGAUGUGAAACAUGGUCAAUAUGCUUUUCGAUAGCUGGCAUUCUGCCAUGUUUUGGUGGACUAUACAAAUUGCCAAUGAAAAGGGGAGUUUCUCCAGGUCACACAGCACUGAACCAAUCAUGUGCUGAAUUAGAACCAAGUAGCAAACAACUGUGUGGUAGCAGACUGCAGUUACACGCAACCAUAUCACUUUAACACAUGAAGCACGGUGAGAAAAAAAGAAAAUGAGUGCUGCCCCCGGCAGAAAUGCAGAUGAAGGCUCAACAGAUAAGGACAUCGUCCACAACACUGGCACCUAAACGUCAGUGGUGUGGAGGUAUUUUGGUCUUUUGAGGUCGGACAUGAAGCAGAGUAAUGUGCACUGCAAAUUAUGUCAAGUACAUAUUAAAUUUAAUUUAAAAGUAACAGUGAACAUUUAAGAUUGACAAGUGAUUUUUUUAUAUGAUGAUACAUAUCGAUAUCAACUGAUAUUAAAAAUAUAUAUGUAUCGUGAUAAACUUUUUCCCAUAUCGCCCAGCCCUACAAGCUAAGAUAUUUUUCCAAUCUGUAUUGAAUCUAUUAUGGGCUUGAGUGACUUUGCAAAUCAAUGAGGCUGGUUUAUACACCCUGAUUCCAGAAAAUUUCAACACAUGAGCUUCAACCAGUUAAUAUGCUAAACAUAGAUCUAUAUCUGAUCCAUAAUUAUCUUCAGUAAGGUGAAGGGGUACGAUUUCCAAGCUAUUAAUCUAACAUGUGUUCUCUAUUUCUCAGGCUCAUGGAGCCUUACUUGUAUGGCUGCAGACUGGACCAGGACAUAAUUGAUCUGGACCAGACCAUGGAGCACCUUCAACAGGCCCUGAACUUCACCGCCCACAUAGCGUAUCGUGGUGGCAUCAUCCUAUUUGUCAGCCGCCGGCGUCAGUUCUGCCACUUAGUGGAGAACACUGCAAAGGACUGUGGGGAGUAUGCACACACGCGGUAUUGGAGGGGCGGCGUCCUCACCAAUGCCCACAUCCAGUUCGGCAAAGGAGUGCGUUUACCAGACCUCAUUAUCUUCCUCUCCACUCUCAACAAUGUGUUCGAGCAGCACGUUGGAAUCAGAGAUGCUGCGAAGAUGAACAUUCCCACUGUGGGUGUGGUGGACUCAAACUGCAACCCUUGCCUGGUGACGUACCCAGUGCCCGGGAAUGAUGACACUCCAGCUGCCAUGGAGCUGUACUGUCGCCUUUUCAAGAUGACUAUCAACCGUGCUAAAGACAAGAGGAGGCAGAUGGAGCUCCUGCAAGGCCUGUCUGCUUCUGCUCCACCCAGCUCAUGAUAUAAUAUAUGAGAAAAAGACAUUUUAAAACACAUUUCAAAGUCAAGAGUAUCUGCUCCACAAGGUGGCUGCAUUUGGAUCUGAUGCUAGAGACUGUAGCUGAUAAUUCUUGUUUCUGUGACUCAUGGUCCUCUGACUUUGACAUCAUGUACUCUCAAAGAAGUAAAACCUUUGUUGCAGCUAUUGUGUGCAAAUUAAAUCGUUGUUUUUCACUGAUACGAUGACAAAUGUAUAAAUAAUGGGACAGCACUUGGUGAUAAUACAACAGGAAUUAGAGCAUAAAUGAAAUAACUAAGCCCCUCAAAAUAAAAUCAGUGUCUAAAUCUCUCAGAUAUA